AUGCCUGAAGGUCGCCAGUCCCCCGAGCCCGAGAGGCAGUCUGGCAAGCAGCAGCAGUCGCCCCCCGGCUCCGGCCAGGGCACCGACAAGGCGGACAACAAGGAGCAAGUCAACGCCGACCAGCUGAAGAACCUGUCUUCGAACCCCAAGGGUGCGCUUGAUGAUGCGCUGAAGGACAAGUUCAGCAAGACGGAGAAAUGA